AUGACUGAAGCCUUCAGAAUCAAUGGCGUGGACCGGGGAACCAUCAAGAUCACUGCUGCAAUUGCAGAGCUCAGCAUUGUGGAUCCUGUAACCUUCAACACCCUGAAGUAUGAUCCUGCAACUGAGACCCUGCAGUCCUUUGCUAAGAGCAUCAGUAUCGUCCUGUGUGGUGCAGCAUCGGGGGAGGUGUCGCAGCUCUCUGUCUGUCUGUUCUCCCCCCUCCUCACCUCCUCACCUCGUCCCCUCUGCUCCAGCUCCAGCAGGAUGGAGGGGCUGCUGCGGCUCAGCCCGCCCGGAGCCAGCGUCUCUGCUCCAUCAGCUGAAAACAUGGACGGACUCCGCUUGCCGCCCGUCAUCGAGGAGGUCCUCGAUCCAUCCGGUCAGUCUAUUUCAGGCCAGCAAGAGGAAGAGAAGGAGGUGACUGAGGAGAAGGAAGAGGAGGAGCGAGUAGGAGAAGGAGGAAGGAAGGAUGAAGAGGAGGAGCUGGAGGAGCUGAGAGGUCAGGUGCUACAGAUGCUGCUGGAACUGGAGGAGACCAGAGAGGUUUCCCAAAGACACGAGGAGAGUUUCCUCGAGCUGCAGGGUCUGUUAGAGGACGAGCGCCUGGCGAGCGCCCAUCAGGCCGAGAGUUUCACCAGGCAGAUCCAGAGACUGCAAGCUCAGCUCCGGUCGGUCCAGGAGGAGAUGGACAGUCUGGAGGAGGAGAAGGAGAGUGAGCUGGAGGAGGUGCGGGAGGAGCUCCGCUCGGCUCAGGAGGAGGUGCUGAUGCUGCAGCAGGCGGCCGAGGAGGCGGCGGCGGAGAGGGAGAACGACAUCGCCUCCCUGCAGGAGGAGCUGUGUCGGCUGCGGGCAGAGCUGCAGCGCCUCCACGUCACGGCGCAGGAGUACGAGCUGGAGAUCACGACGCUGAGAGCCGAGAUCAGCAUGAAGAGCGAGAAGAAAGACCCUCACACACACAGUGAUGUGAGUCAGCUGAAGGAGGACUUUGUCUCUCUGACAGAACAGCGUCAGACUCUGACCAGCGACAACAAAGAGCUGAGCAACAAAGUGGAGCAACUGCAGCAGCAAGACAGGUGUGAUGUGUACCUGGCAGUCAGGGAGGAGGGCGACACUAAACGUGAGCGGGAUGACCAGGUGAAGGCCGACUCUUACAUCACCCUGUCUCAGUCCUGUCCAGACCACCAGGACCAAGCCCUGAAGGAUCCGGACUCUUCAUCAGUCCAGGAGAAGUUCUGCAGCUCGGAGCAGGGCGUCCUGAAGGUCCAACUGACACAAGCUGAGGAGAUGGCUCAUGAAGUACAGAGAGAGUGUGAUGGUUUGAAGGGUGAACUGGUGGAGCUGCAGCAGCUGUACGACAGCAGCCAGCGGGAGCGAAUGGCGCUGGAGGAGGAGCUGCAGCGCUGCAAGGCCGAGCUACAGAAACUGGCGGGCAGGAAGUCACAGAACUGCACUCGUCCGUCAGAGCCCCCUGUUCUCUCCAUCCCCUUCAUAGGAAUGAUUGUAAUAGUGGCCUUGAUUUGGUGCUGGUGGGAGGAGCUGGCGUCCUAG